AACAACAGUAAAAUAGCAGACCAGUGUGCCCAACUUGAACAACCCGUGAAGUCCUUAUGAUGACAAAUCAGAAUAUUCUCAGCUCUCACAACAAACUGUAUAACAACUAACCAGUGUGUGCAAGCUCCAUGUUUAUAAGAAAUCCUGCAAAAUACACAUACACAUAAACAUAGUAUAAGCAGCACAACAUUCCUGAAAAGCCUUGACUCAUGCAACCUCUACAGUAACAAAUUAGAAGAUACUGUGCCAGGACUACAGCAGCAGAAAUAGAGUCUCUGAUGUCACACACAGUUUGUGAUGUCACCAGAUACCUAUUAUGAACCCAGGUGCAGAAGUGGCCCUGCUCAGAGUGUCCCUGCCCUCUCUUCCUGACAGACUUCAGGCAAAAGCAGGGGCAAGAGAAAGGACAAAUUGCAGCUAGGCAGAGAACUACAGAAUUUCUCGUGUGUUGCAUAAAUGCAAACAACAUCAGGAAGAUGAGAUGUUAGCAAUGCAGGUCUUCCUCGUUGUUUCCGUAUUCUUAAACUGGUGUUCCUCUGCCAACUCUCAGAAUAAGGACCCACCGAGAACAGGGACACCACUUUCAAAAGAGGAGUAUGUCCUGUUCUUCAAACCCCUUAAUCCACCUCGCCGAGCCAGUGCCAUCUGUCUCAUGCGGGCUUUGUAUGGUUGCCAGAAUCCCUUAAUCAAACAACUGGAUGAGUAUGAAAACCACGGAGUCAUUCCUCAAGGGCCUAUAUGUACAAACAUACCAGAAAUCGCAGUUUCACCAGACUUCUGCACAUUUACGUUUUAUCGUUGUAAUAAGAAAAUGUAUUUUGCCAAGAGGGUUGAAUGCCCAAAAGAGAUCCAAACCACACUUGAUAAAUCGCAAUCCCCAAAUCGAAAAGUGAUCAUCAGUGUCAACCCUGUGUCCAUAAAACCACCCCCUAUACAGCCUUCCACCACCACUGCUACCACUACAAAAUCAACACCUCCUCCUAAAAUAGGAUCACCUACACCAGAGUCCAUUCUGAGAAUAUUCUUCAUCUCAACCUUCAUACCUCAGAGCAUAGAUCAAUCAGUGGGCACAGUAAAACACUCCCCUGUUAAUGGAAACAGAAAAGAAGUUGUGAGUAGACAGCAAAAUGGUGCACAGCCCAGCUCCAGGGCAUCUCACGUGCACACCACUGACCUGGAGGACCUCUACCAGAGACUACAGGACCCCGGGGUGCAAAAGUUGAUGAAGACAAUGCAGCUGCAGCUGACCAAAUUGGCAGAAGUAGGAGAGGAAACACUGCAGGGUACCUCUCUAAAGCUGUUGAAGGCACUGAACCAUGCAGGCAUGCAUCAGAAUACCAACCCAGAAUCCACAAAAACAAACGACAGGACGGAAAUGAGCAUUGGGAGAAAGUAGCCGUGAAGCUGUCAUAGCUGUUCUAUAUACAGUCUGGAAGGGGCGGAUGGAUAAAGUGACUCAGGUUGCCUAUUUGGGUUUGUACCCUAUAUUAAAAAUAAA